GACAUUGCUUCUGCAUUGGAUUAUCUACAUCACUAUUGUGAAACUCCAAUUGUUCAUUGUGAUCUAAAGCCAAGCAAUGUACUCCUCGAUGAAGACAUGACAGCCCAUGUUGGUGAUUUUGGAUUGGCAACGUUCCUUCUUGAAUCAUCAAACUAUCCCUCCAAAAGUGAAGCAAUUUCAGUUGUAUUAAAGGGCUCAAUUGGCUACAUCCCCCCAGAGUAUGGAUUGAAUGACCAAGUCUCUGCACUUGGAGAUGUUUACAGUUUCGGGAUACUAUUGCUGGAGAUGUUUACAGGUAGAAGGCCUACUGAUGACAUGUUCAAAGAUGAUCUAAGCAUUCACAAAUUCGUUGCCAUGGCUUUGCCUGAAAAUGCCAUGGAUGUUAUUGACCCAAGAAUGCUUGAUGACGAGACAAAUGAAGAAAAGGAAAUAAUCACCACCAGUAAUGCACAGGGCAAUGCAAGUAGAACACAAGAAUGCGUAGUCUCUGCCAUGAGAAUUGGAGUCUCCUGUUCUUCGAGCUCACCUAGAAAGCGAAUGGCUAUAAGCUCCGUUAUCAACAAAUUGCAUGACAUUAGAGAUUCCUUUCUCAGAUCAAAAAGCAGUAGGUGGAAGAAGUAUGAAUAAAAUUUCACUUAAUUCUCUGAGUUUACAUGU